AUGAAAGGGCAAAAGGUUCGCCGGGGAAGACUCGAAUCUAAACAACCGAUGUCGGUGACUUUGCAGGAUGAACUUGGCUCAUCUGAGUGUUGCGGCAGUGUGCCGACGGAGGAAACUGGUGGCUGCAGCAGGGAGGAAAAGUCGGAGGAUCUGAGGUUCGGGCACAUAUCAAUGAUGGGGAGGAGCAGAGUAAUGGAGGAUGCAGUUUCAGUGGCGCCGCCUGGAAAGGUGGGAGGAGAGUAUGCUUUUUUCGCGGUGUACAAUGGCCACGGUGGUUAUAGGGCAGCGGAGAUAUGCAGUGAGAGGAUGCAUAAGUAUCUUGACAGGCACGUAGAAAGGGCAAAAAAGUCACUGAAGGAAAAAAAUUUGAAUUGGGAGCCUGACAGACCUGAUGAAAAGGAGAGGGUUGAAGCUGCAGGGGGAAAUAUCAUAGAUUGGAACGAUUGGCGACUCGAAGGAGUGCUUGCUACUUCAAGAUGCUUAGGUAACCAUCGUCUGAAGCCCUAUGUAAUCCCGGAUCCAGAGGUCAGUAUGUACAAGAGAAAAGAGUCGGACGACUUCCUUAUAGUGGCAACAGACGGUCUGUGGAAUGUAGUCUCUAACGAUAUUGCGUGUGACAUUGUAAGAAGAUGCCUUCACGACCAAACUUCAAGGCCACUUCAGGGAGGAAGUGGUGCGGACGUGGCAGCAUCAAUGCUAGCCGAGUUGGCCAUUGCUAAGGGAAGCAAAGACAAUAUCAGUAUUAUAGUCGUCCAGCUGGACUGA